CCGUUGCAGCCCUGUCACGCCCACAGCGUCCCCUCUCGGCCCGGGCGGCCCACCACGGCCCCCUGGCCUCCUCCAUGAAGGGUUUCCAGGUCAGCCGCAGCCUGUCCCAGUACUCCUCUGUUGGAGAAGGGGGACACACACCGUGUGACUGCGACCCUGACCCCCGCUCCGUCCGAGACUACGAACACUACGACGGAGCGGGACACCCCUACUACCCCCCCGGGGGUCCCCCGGAGCAUCGUUUCCUCUCCUCCCACUCUGGAGGGGGGACGUUCCCCCGUUCCCACCCCAGCCAUCACCCCCGCCCCCAUCAGUACGACUCAUGCGAAGAGUGUCUGUCCACGGUUGGGGGUCACGUGGCUAAGAUGCACAGCCUGGAUCAGUUUGAGAGGCAGCUUCCUCCUGACGGGUUCCACACCCUGCAGUACCAGAAGAGCGCCAGCGGGGCGGAACAGCGCGGCGAGAGCCCCUCCCGUAUCCGCCACCUGGUUCACUCAGUCCAGAGACUCUUCGCCAAGUCCCACUCCCUCGAGGCGCCGUCGAAGAGGGAAUACAACGGCACACGAGGAGGAGGGGAACAAAGGAGCGGAGGAGAGGAGGGCGUUGGGCAUCAUUAUUCGGGCCACCAGUCCCGCUCGGUGAAGCGCAGCAAGUCUCGCGAGCGCUCCAAGAGCGGGGAUGGGCGCCACGAGUCGUCCGGUCGGCGCCACCGGAACCGAACUGCCGGGUGGUGGAGCUCCGACGACAACCUAGACAGUGACAGCAGCUUUCUGGUAACCGCAGGCAACGCCGGGCCAGGUGGUCGAGGUGGCGGGCGAGGUGGCCACGAGAGUCUGGACGCUGCUAUCCAGGAGCUGACCAUGAAGAAACUGCCCAAGCAGGGGAGUGUACCACCAGGGCCUGGACCGGGGGAGUGCAUGGCCUGUACCACUCUGGCCCUGGCAGGAGGGGAGGGUCAACACUCUCUGAAGAGGAGCACGUGGUCGGCCAUGACGGUCAGCCAGGCUAGAGAGGUGUACCCAUCGUCUGUUCGGGGAGGAGGAGGAGGCUAUGACAAGGCCUUGGUGCCUCUGGAGAACAAACUGAAGGAGAGGACCUUUCACUACCUACAGGUCCCGUCAGACGGGGUGGAGUGGGCUGGGCUUGGGGGCUACCCAGGCGGGGGUGGUCCUGACGGAGGGGGGGAGAUCCCCUGCAGGCGCAUGCGGAGUGGCAGCUACGUCAAGGCCAUGGGAGACGACGAUAGUCAGGACUCUGACGCCAGUCCUAAAUCCUCUCCUAAAACCACCAUCAUCGCCCAGAGAGAGGCCUUCAGACGCUCUGUCAGCAUGGACCACAGAUACUCGUGUAAGCAGUGUGUAGAUGCUACGCUACCAUAUGCUCACAACAUAAGCACGCCGAAGAGUCACGCACGCUCUCGGAGCUACACGCGGUCUCUGACCAGCUCACAGCUGGGUGACUCUCUGAAUCGUCAGUUUGAGGCGGUGUGUGAGACCAUGUUUGGAGAGAUAGAGAGUCAGGCGGUGGAAGCCUUGGAUCUGCCUGGCUGCUUCCGGACCCGUUCCCAUAGUUACGUCCGCGCCAUCCAGGCCGGCUGUUCCCAAGACGACGACUGCCUGUCCGUCUUCUCCAUGACAGGACCCAGCAUCAAGGGAGGGGUUGUCAUCCCAUACCGUAAGGCUGGCCCUCCCCCUCUCCCUCCCCGUUUGUCUAAGCCUACGAUCUCUGUGAGGGCUCAGAGCAGUACAGAGUCUACCCAGGAUGCCUACUUCCAGAACACAGGCCAGCCUGCCCUGGGACGGCCCAGACAACACCAGAGCAGCUCUGUGGACCUGGGAAUCACUGAUGUGUCUGGUCAGACCUCCAGGGAAAGGGGUUACUACACAGGACCAGGACAAGGCCGCUCCCGCCAGCACUCCAACUCUGCCGAGAGCCUGGAUGGGGGCCCCCGGUGGGGCAGGGAGCUUGUACUCUAUGGAGGAGGAGGAACCCCCAGAGUAAAACACAGCGGCUCCGCUGAUAGUCUCUUGGAGGGGCCCAGGGGAAAGGAGAGAGGGGAGAGGGAUGUGGGACGGGCAGGGGGAAGUCUGGGGAAGUCUGCCUCCCUCCCACAGAACAGUAUGAUGGGAGGAGGAGGAGGAGGAAGAGGAGGAGGACAGGAGGAGAACAAGAUGGAGAGAAGAGGAAGGAAUUGGAGGCCGUCUAUCGCUGUACAGGUGGACAGCUCGGAGACCCUGUCAGACUCAGAACCGGAUGGCAAGGCUCUGAGAGAGGUUCACUCUAUAGGGGUGCAGGUGGAGGAGGACAAGAGACGUGCUCGAUUCAAGCGCUCCAACAGUGUGACGGCCAGCGUCCAGGCAGACCUGGACCCAGAGGGGGGUUACCCAGGCCUCACCUUCGCUGUUCCUACCCAGGAUAAGAGCCUCCAGUACGGCUGCUCCUUCCAGAAACACUCCUCAGAGCCAGAGUCAGCCGACCAGUACGCAGAGUACCACCGCACGGUGCACACCCAGGGCCAGUGGGCCUACAGAGAAGACUAUGUCCAGGAUGGUUACGCUACAGACCCCCACCAGAUCCCCCCGCUGCCCCCGCGGGCCCACUCCCCUCUACCCCUCGCAGCGGACCGUGGUGGCUGGAUAGGCACACCCCAGCCCUCGCUGGAGGGGGGUCUCCGUAGUCUACCUGAUUCCGGUCGCGCCUCGCCCUGUCUGAGAGACGGAGAGUUCUUCCUACGCCUCCUUCAGACGGAGGUGGAGAGGAUGGAGGGAUGGUGUCAGAACAUGGAGAGAGAGGCGGAGGAGAACGAGCUGCCGGAGGAGGUUCUGGAGCUGAUCCGUAAUGCGGUGGGCAGUGCCCAGAUGCUCAUGACCCAAAAGGUCCAGCAGUUCUUCCGUCUGUGCCAGCAAAGCGUGGACCCGUCGGCGUACCCCCAGCCCACCUCUCAGGACCUGUCCGGGCUCUGGGACCUGCUCCAGCUCAACGUGGAAGACGUCAAGAGCAAGUUCCAGCACCUCCAGAGGCUCAAGGACUCCGGCUGGAGGCUUCCCCCAGACAAGAAAGAUGACAAGAAGCUUCCUCCCCCACUACCAAAGAAGCCAGCUGGCGGGGUGAGCGGCAGUCUCCGUGCCGACAGCGUCAGCGACCUCUCAGUGGAACGAAGGGUAGGAGGAGGCGGAGGGGUGCUGGUGAUGGCCCGUAGCGGGGGUGUGGGACGGGCCAUGCCUGUCCGGGAGAAGUCCUUAGACCUGGGGGACAGACAGAGGACGGAAGCACGCAGGAGACUGCUCCAGACCAAGAGGUCCUCUUCCUUCAGACAGAACUCAGCCACGGAGAGCGCAGACAGCAUCGAGAUCUACAUCCCAGAGGCUCAGACCCGGCUCUGAACAUGGAGAUACAGCCCUUUAUCCCAGUGAACAGAACCGACUCGGACCCGACUUAGACCAACUACAAGGGUGGAGAUUUACAACCCGAGGCUCCGACACUGAACAUGGACAUAUAAGGAGACCCUUAUCAGACUUCUAUCCUACCCUACAAGAACUUGAGAUCUACAGAUCUGACUCUGAACACUGGGACCGUCUAAACGUGGCCCUAUAACCUCCUAUCGGACCACUAGACUACCCUAGAUCAACAACAACCCUUCCAAGUCCCAUACACUGAACCCCCUCAAUGACGAUGUUGACCAUGGGUGGGCAACUCUAGUCCUCCAGGACACGAUUGGUUUCACACUUUUUCCCCAUCCCUAGAAAACACAGCUGAUUAAUCAAAUGUCAUUCUAAACCGAAGAUCAUGAUUCGGUGAUUAUUGAAGUCAGGUUUUUUUAGCUGGGGCAAAACUGUGACACCAAUCAGACACACCCGAGGAUUGGAAUUACUCACCCCUGAUAUAGAGCCAUACCAAAUGUCUCAUUCCUUCAGUUCUGACCUGCAUCUCUCUGCAUAUACUGACUCUCUCUCAAGCCUUCGCUGCUGGGGAUGCUGGGUCCCAUCAUCAUGCCAUUCCAGGACAUGGCAAGACAGAAGGAGUGAACACGAGGCGACAGCGGCCAUUUUGUGGAAUCUGGAGCCAAAAUGGAGGCUACAGGAUCAUAGUUGUCUCCACUCGCAUUACUCCUCAUCUUUUUUUGUCAGAAAUAAAAUGGAGAGAUGGAGGGUUUUGUUUUUUACACAAGGCUCUAAGGUAUUCUCAAUAUACAAAACUAGCUACUGUUCAACACCAUUUGGCUCGUUGGCUACAUCCUCUGAAGACUAUGUUAUACACACUCACCCAACCUUCAACUACGGAUGGCAUUCAACCUACAUGCCUCCUACACAAGACCCAGUCUACACUCAUUCAUCUAAGACUAUAUUCUCUCUCCCAACUCUUUCCUCUUGGCCCGAGCAUCCGUCCCUCUAUCCAGCUGUCUGGGUAGCAGUAUACUAAACUGUUUGAAGUGUGUGUGUGUGUGUUUUGUUGUUGUACAUAGUGUGCACGAUGCUGAGGGAAGCUUUGUGGUGUUUCACUUAACAGCCGGAGAACAUCACAAACAACAAAUCCUGAAGCUAUUUGCUUUUUAGAUAGUGUAAGGGUUUGGCGGUGGGGUCAUCACCCCAUGAUGGUUUCUUCUGUUGAGCUGAGUUGAGGUGAGUUUUGAAGCAUAUUGAUAUGUCACAAAGGGACCCAUUUUGUCUGUGAGACAUUGGCAUCCCCUGGUGGCCAAAUGAGGAUUCACCAAAUCAUUUUGUCAGAGGGGGGGAUGUGUAGGCUCAUAAAAAUGGAAGACUAUGUAGCAAAAAGGUCAAGAUACUUUUAGAUCUUCUAUCAAUUUCCAACAUAAACUUGGACAAGUGAUCUACGACUAAAAUGCUUUUUUAAAUUAAGACCGGAUCAACAACCAAAAAUGGCCUGUGAAUCCGAGCCAAGGGCCCCAGACGAUCUGCCUGUCUGCCUCCUCCUCCCUCUAUGUAACUCCAGGUUCUCUUCAGGGGUGGCGAAGACAAUCCCCCAAUUUCCCACCCCUCUGGCUGAGAGAAGGAUGAUCGCUUCGUUAAGUCUCUCUCUCUCUAUCUUUCUCUCUCUCUCUCUCU